UCUUUUUAUUUCUCUCAUUUUAUCACAUUUAUUACAUUUAUUUUCUUGCUCUGGAUGUCUGUUCAGUGUCUGUUGUGUGUGGAAGUUGUAUUCUCAUUUCAUUCAUUGGUCAAUGCAAAGAUGAAAAAGCAGGCCUUUGUGUAUAUGCCCCACUCAACAUAUAAAACCAGCAAAUUAAUCUCCAUGUUGACCAUCAAUAGUCCUCUUUUUAUCUAUCAAUAUACACUUGACAUACCUAGAAAUUGAGUUGAAAGAUACUCAUAGAUUAAUGGAGCCUGAUCAUGAUCAAGGUGAUAAUGAACAAGGUGCAAGUAAGGUGACUCCCCCCAAGUCCUAUGAGUGCAACUUCUGCAAGAGGGGCUUCUCUAAUGCACAAGCACUAGGUGGCCACAUGAACAUCCAUAGGAAAGACAAAGCCAAGCUCAAACAACAAUCUUCAAAUCAAACUCAACCAUCUUUGGAAGUUCAUCAUCAGAAGAACCCUGAAUUAGAAGAACAGAACAAACCAAACUUGAAUUUGAAGUAUCAUCAUCAACAAGACCAUGUUCUUCUUCACAUGAGGCAGCUUCCACUUUUUGCUGAAUCACCAAUUAGCAGUGGUGAAGCACAAAUAUUACCACAAGCUCAAAUUCAAGGGGAAGUUCAAGUUGUUACGUCAGAAGGGGCUUUAAGCCAAGGUUCCUCCUCUGAUUUAGACCUUGAACUGAGACUAGGGCCAGAGCCAUCAUCAUCAGGUGCAACUGGUACCAGAAAAUUCUUUUGAGUUCAAUGCACAAUUAUACAUGAUUAUUUUGUUGAUGUAUCCAAUAACCUUUUUUUGU